CAUUUUGUCCGGCGGAGGGGCGACGAGUCAGUCAGUCCGCGCGGAGAGACUUUACAGGCGGCAGGACUGGUGAAAAACGAGCCGGUGAUGUGGAGACAGCGAGCGGCGGACGGCACGGACUGAGGACGGACCGAGGGGAGUUGACGGCGGCCGGAGCUGUGCUUUUGAAUUCCGCUCUUCUUCAGCCGUGAGGCGUUCACGGGCUGGUUAGCUAAACCCCGCUAGCUCUCGGGUCAAUACCCGCUGCUUCGCGGAAAAACCGCACCUGUUCUAGGCUGUCAGCCAAGCAGCACCCUGCUGGUACACAUCCAACAAUGUAUUACCCACCCGUGAGUGACUUUUUCCAUCCUGCGGUGGGUUACUGCAACACUUCUGCUUUCGCGAACUAACAAACCGAGCUAACGUCGACAAGUUGACGUGGAGGAGGAACUCGAGAUUUGUUUGUGGGAUUGUCCUGAUUCAUCUCCAGACUGUGAAUUCAGACGGAUUAUAUAUAUAUAUAUAUAUAUAUUUUUUCCCCUGCUUAUCCCUAAACUAAAGCUAGGUUAACUAUGCGUAUUUGUGGCCAUAAAGUACUUUCCAGCGUUUACAGAUUCCACAGCGGGACUCUUUCCUGGUUCGACAGCGCAAACUUUAGCUAACACAGACUCGCCCGGUUUGUUAAGUCUGUAAUAUUGUUCGGUCAGGAUUUGGUGUAUCUGUGAACCACACACGCUGAAGGUCCUCCCACUUCUUCCGUUUAUCUCCACUCGCGUGUGAAGUUACGUCGAUCCACUGACCUGAUCGAUAUAUAUUUUUUUUUAGUCGAUUGAAGAGAAAUCGGAGCGAUGUCGGGCCAAUCGAUAACUGAUCGGAUCGCGGCAGCGCAGCACAGUAUGACCGGAUCAGCUGUCAACAAGGCUGUGUGCAAAGCCACCACACACGAGGUCAGCGGACCCAAGAAGAAGCACCUGGACUAUCUGAUCCACUGCACCAAUGAGAUGAACGUCAGCAUUCCCCAGCUGGCAGACACGCUGUUUGAGCGCACAGCCAACUCCAGCUGGGUGGUGGUCUUCAAGGCCCUCAUCACCACCCACCACCUCAUGAUGUACGGCAAUGAGCGUCUCAUCCAGUACCUGGCGUCCAGAAACACUUUGUUCAACUUGAACAACUUCUUGGAUAAGGGCGCUCUGCAAGGUUACGACAUGUCAACCUUCAUCAGACGAUACAGCCGUUACCUGAACGAGAAGGCCAUGUCCUACAGACUUGUGGCUGUGGACUUCACCAAGAUGAAGAGGGGGAUUGAUGGUGUGAUGCGAACCAUGACCACAGAGAAGCUGAUAAAGACGCUGCCCAUCAUUCAGAACCAGCUGGAUGCUCUGCUGGAUUUCCAGGCUAAUCCCAAUGAGCUGACCAACGGAGUGAUAAACUCUGCCUUCAUGUUGCUCUUCAAAGACUCCAUCAGGCUGUUUGCUGCUUACAAUGAAGGAGUCAUCAACUUACUGGAGAAAUAUUUCGACAUGAAGAAGAACCAGUGUAAGGAUGCUCUGGACAUCUACAAGAAAUUCCUUUAUAGGAUGACAAAGCUGUCGGAAUUCCUCAAAGUGGCCGAGCAAGUUGGAAUAGAUCAGGGUGACAUCCCAGAUCUCUCACAGAAAACAAAAGGAUCUAGCAUUGCUCCCAGCAGCCUCCUGGAGGCUUUGGAACAGCACCUGGCCUCUCUGGAAGGCAAGAAGACCAAGGAACUGAAUGCAGACACCAGAGCGUCGACUCUGUCCAGCGCCGUCUCGACUCUGUCCUCCACCGGCAUAUCGUUUACUCGCAUGGAUGAAAAAGAGAAGCAGCAAGCCUUGGAGGAGGAACAGAACAGGCUGCAGGCGCUCAAGGAUCAGCGCCUGAAGGAGAUCAGCAUGCAGACUCCACCCUCUGCCUCACCCAGCAGCCACUCAGUGGGCAGUGCCAACAACAACCACAUCACACACAGCCAGGAGUUAUUCAGCUCCACGCUGUCUGCAAACAGUGUUCCCAAUCUGAACAGUGACCUGUUUGAUCUUCAGCCAGCCUUCAUCCCUGCUGUGCAGAAUACUCCUUCUGUCUCCACUGCCAACAGUGCCUGGGGAGGAGUGGAGAGCCAGCCUCUGCAGCAGACCGCCCCCGCCAUGUCUGUAGAUUUUGAUGCUGUGUUUGGGAAUAAAUCCACAGCCAGUAACAACGGCACUCAACCUGCAGCCGGUUUUGAUGUUCUCGGAGAUCUGUUGAAGCCGACAGUUCCCACACACGCUGCACCUCCUCCUCCUCAUCAAAUAGCCAUCCACCCUGGAGGGAAGCUGCUUGCCAACGACCUCGACUCCUCUCUGGCCAACCUCGUGGGCAACCUGCAGUUUGGAGGAACACCAGCAAAGAAGCCAGAGAUGUUGUGGAGCCAGCCUGGAGAGAAGAAGCUGACGGGGGGACAGAACUGGCAGAAUAAGACCAUGUCCACCACACAGUGGGGCCCUGCCCCCAUGGCCCCGCAGCCCAUACCGCUACCACAUGUGAAUGGAAUGUUCUAUACUAGCUAUGCUCCGGCUCCCAUGGCUUUCCCCAUGACCACACCGCAAGUGCCUGUGUACGGAAUGAUCCCGCCGCAGAUGGGUCAGAUGGGCGGCGUACCAGUGAUGGCUCCUCAGCCAGUCGUGUACAACCAGCCUGUUCUCAGACCCAGUAACCCCUUUGCACCGAUGCCCGGAGCCCAGAUGCAGUUUAUGUAAUUACACAGAGGGGAGCAGCAGAGUGCCAAAAGCUACAAAUAAACAGCAGAGGAAAACACACCAGGAUGUUCAAAUGACUCGCGGCUCAGAGAUGGACAGACUGAUACCACAAACAAACAGGUGGACGGAGGAGAGGAUGGAGGGACGCGGUGAGGAAGACGCGGCUGGUCGUUGUCUGAAACAUCGCGGGUGUGCAGCUUUUUUGUGUUUAUGUGUGGAGUCUUGUGGAUGGAGUUUCAUCAGGGAGCAGAAAGAAGAGUCCACUAAGGAAAUUCCGCCUACGGUUACUGUAGCUGGCUGUCUGCCGCGAGUUCCGCCGCUGCUGCAGAAUUAGCUUUAUUUCAAAAUGGUGCUAUUUUUGUCCUCUCUGGGUUACUGUCCACUGAAGCGAGGACUGCUCUGUUUUCAGCCUCUUUGUGUUGUUUCAGACAAUGGACCAGUUGGAGCUCCGCCUCCUCUUCUCCAUCCCUUCCCCCUGAUUGGCUGUUUGUCUCCACAGCCGUACCAUCUGGUGUCGUAUUUUCAGUGUGUUAACUUGCUUGUCUUUACUCUGUUGGAAUUUUUUUUUAUGUUUUACAUGUAUAUUUUUUCUUUGUCAGAUUGUGUUUGUUGGUGUGUUUAUUUGUUGUUGAGCUUUUUUAAGAAGAAAUGUUUGUCCCUUAUGCAUUUUGUCAUGGAGAGACGUGAGGGACUGUAGCUCUGUUAACGUGCUAACAAGAGGCACAUUUAUUGGCCUAUUCCUGUACCUGUUGUAAAUUUGUUGUUUGUGAACCAAAAUCCUUAAUUUUUAAAGAGUGGUUUUGUCAAUGCCCAAUUGCUAACCAGUCUAGUUCCCACCCUCCUCAUCCUGCUGUGCAGCUGGCAUGGCAACCAUUGGGUGCAAGAAUGUAUACCGGUGGGUAUGUUCUACAUUUGUCACAUGUCUAUAGUGCUCCAGUGAAUCUUCUUCCACCAUUAGGUUUUUUUUCUUCACGAUGACAGCAAUGAAAUGUUUCUCUGCCACUGAAAAUAAAGUUGUUGCCAACCCCGAACAAAUAAAUGCACCUGUGCUGAGACGGGAAGGUGAACGCUAAGUGCAAACACCAGCUGUGUGAAGGCUGACAAUCAAAAGUUUUGUUGUCUUUGCACAAUAUGAAAUAUACCAUUCAUCUGCCUCUGCACAUAGCUUUGCAUGCAUGAUGGCCCCUGUUGGUGGGGUUAGUGUCAUGUCAUAAACGGCAGUGUGCCUAAAACCCAGCCAUGGUGAACUGAAAGCAUGAGCAAGUCAGUUGAUUGUCCAAAAAGCUGAAGAGUUCAGCUUUCUGCAGAAGCAGAUGUUGGGUCUGUUUUAGAGCCGUACAGUUAACUCUGCAUCAGUUUUUGCAGCUCUGCAGAGAAGUUACACCAGCAUUAAGAAGGUGCAUGAAGCUGGAUCAGAUGUAACCAUUGAGCUGUUAAAAUGAACAGUUUUUGUUUUAAGAGGAAGUACUGCGUGUAAAGUUGGUAACGAUUUGAGGAGCCUCAAGUUGGAACCCAAGGGUAAGUGUUCUGCUCUGGUUUUGGGUUCCUAGAAACUGGGGGGGAUCGGAGAGGUCAUGGUCAUUCCUCAGCCAAAGCAUCUUGUAGCCAUGGUUUGUGUGUACGUUUGUUACCACAGAUGUGUGUUUUCCAUUUUGCAGAAUGCACAUGCAAGAAUUUUGCACUAACGUCAGGAUCCUGCCGUAGUUGACCGCUGCCGGUUUGUACGGCACAAUGGCAUUAAUCGAGAACAACUGAUUAGAAAACUAUAGAGUUUUACCACAACCAGUUUGUCUACGCUGUCAGGAACUUUGCUGGGAAACAAAUUUCCGGCAUCCAACUUGAAGCCUUUUUUUAGUCUAAUCUCCAGCACGUAUGUCCAAAUCAUCAGCGAUAGUCCACUUGUAUUAUUCUGUUUAUCACAAAGUGGUGACAUUCACAGGGCUUCAGUAUGUGUGUAGUUGGUCUAUCUCUGGAAUAUUUUUUUUUUUAUUCUGUUUUGUCACGGAUUAUGUGUAGAUAUGUAAAAGUAACAUCCUGUCGCUGGUCCUUAGGUAUUGCUGUUGGCGCUUGUUGUUGCGGUCUGGUGUUAGUUCUCGGCUCUGCUCAUUGUGUCCCACGUGAAUGAUGUAGGUGACUUUCUGCAGUAUAGGUUUCUUGCCGUGUUGAGUAACUAGCUUGAUUAUCUUUCUGUGUCUCUGUUAGCUUCUGGUGCAGUGUCGCACUCUGGCCUUUGUCGUUUGCUUUUCUGUGCUUGUCGCUGUUAAUGUUGGUUCGCUGUCUCCUCUGUAAUGUAUUUGACUUUAUUUCUCCCAGCAAUCACCAGUAUUAGACAUUUUUGCCUGUUAUGAUGUCAGCAGCUUACAGACUGUGCUUUGACUGGAUUUUGUAUGUAGCAAGAAAAAAAAACAAUUGUUUUUUUGUUGUUCUUCACAUUACUGCUUUUCUGGAACAGUUAAACUGUAUGUAGCCUAAAACGUCUUUAGCAGGUUUGGAAAUGAACUUGAGUCAAAUGCUAACAGAUGUAUGCAUUGUGAGGAAGUUCUAAGCUUGUGUAGCGGUUAGCUCAGAUGUCAGAUGUUUUGGGUUUGAAAGUCACAGCAGUAAUGCCUGGCCAUAAGGAAAUGUUUAUUUACAGCUGCCAAAUGUUGUCAGAUGUACAAGUAGAUUGUAUUUUAAAUAGUCUUCACAUGAUGAGGCAGCAGAAGCUAAUGCUAACUUUGCCUUAGACAUCCAAAUAAAAACCUCAAACUAUUUUCUUAAUAGCUGUGUGGUUAUUGGAACAAAAAAAAGAAUCUGUAAUUGUUUGUCCCUGUCCAGACAAAGACAGCUGCCUUACUGUCUAUAAACUAGUAAGAUGAGUCUGCACUUUAGAAAAACGUAAAUCAUCAUAGUUACCGUCCCGCUUGAGGACAGAAAUAGUGAAAAAAAGGUCAAUAUAAUUACUUUUUGAGUAAUUACUAAAUUGGGGUUCAUAUAUGCAGCCAGAAGCUAAUGAAUGCAUCAUGUUGUGUAGACGAAUGCAACUUUUGUGUCCCUAUGGAGCAGGUGUUAGUUUGUAGUUAAUAUUUGAUACUGUGCGUUUACCCUGAAUUGUGUUCUGCCUGGUUUCCUUUGUGUCGCUGUGAGCUAAUUGAUGAGGUUGCUAUCUUGUGUCCUCCCCUUUGAUCUUUGUUUAUGAUUAUGAUAACUUUGUAUUUGCUGACUGAUCGGGAUCUUGUGGCUACAUCACAUCAGGAAGUGCUUCAGUGUCAAGAAACCUUGAUGUCAAAUUAAAAUGUUUCUGUGCGAUGAUGAGAUUUUUUUGUUGUUGUUGUUGUUUGUAAUGAAUCAUCUUCAAGAUGAGCUGGAGGGCAAAAUGUACAAAUUGGUUGAGUGGUCUGUGGGUCCAUCGUUUCUUUGAACUUCCUGUCGUUUCCUUCCUGAAGCUGUCAUGUGUGCUGCUUGCAGCUCUUAAUGCCAAAUUGUUAUGCCAUCUGUGGUUUGAUGUGGGCAUUAUAGCCGUGGCAGUGCUGGAAAUUGUGCACCAUGUGGAUGUUUUUUUAUUUCUAUGGGAAGAACCUUCUGAUUGCUGCCUCACUUUUCUGUAUAUAAAGAAUAAACACAGAUCUUAAUGACAUAAUCUCAUUUUAUUUACUCAUUAUUUUUUGUGAAAACUACAGCAGCGCAACAGGUAUAAUUACGAUUUAUUGUGGGGUGGGCGUGGCCAAACGAGGAGGCACCGUGAAUUGAUGCCAAAUGUUUUCAGAGUGGAUUACUAAUCUGCCUCCUUUCUCAACUCUUUGUACAUUGUUUUUCUAUUUAUUUAAAGCAGAAAUAUAUGGAUUGUAUGGAGUUUGGGAAUGAAAACAAUGUUUGGCAAUGAAAAACAAAUUGCAGGCUUUUAUCUUUGACAGCAGUAUAUUUGUUUAUUCUGGGAUGUUUGUUUCUUUUUGAAAGAAAU